GCCCCCGAUCUGUGAGGCGCAGCUCCAGCGCGAGGCGGGUGCCUGCGACACUGCAGGGGUGGCGUAGCGGCUGGCAGUCCGGAGCCUGUGCUAGCCAACGGCGGGAGGCUGGCACUGGAGCAGCCGAGCAGAGCCGGAGCCCCGGAGUCGGACCCGCGGCCCCAGAGAAGAACCCGGGUCCCUGUCACUUCAGGGAACACCAUGGCCGUGGACGUGACAGAAUAUCAUCUGAGCGUCAUCAAGAGCCCCCCAGGCUGGGAGGUGGGUGUCUACGCAGCAGGGGCCCUGGCGCUGCUUGGAAUCGCAGCUGUGAGUCUGUGGAAGCUCUGGACAUCGGGGAGCUUCCCCAGCCCCUCCCCGUUCCCCAAUUACGACUACAGGUACCUGCAGCAAAAAUACGGAGAGGCCUACGUGGAGGCUAAGCUGAAGAGAGUCCCUCAGUGGAAUGCCCAGCGGACCAACACUCGAGGACCAUCCAGCCGCAAAGGCAGCCUCAGUAUUGAGGACACCUUUGAGAGCAUCAGUGAGCUGGGACCCCUGGAGCUGAUGGGCCGGGAACUGGACCUAGCCCCCUAUGGUACUCUCCGCAAGUCACAGUCGGCUGACUCUCUGAACUCCAUUUCCUCUGUGAGCAACACCUUUGGGCAGGACUUCACGUUGGGCCAGGUGGAGGUGAGCAUGGACUACGAUGCGGCCUCCCACACCCUCCACGUGGCAGUGCUGCAAGGCAAGGACCUCCUGGAGCGGGAGGAGGCCACCUUCGAGUCCUGCUUCAUGCGCGUCAGUCUGCUGCCAGAUGAACAGAUUGUUGGCAUCUCCCGGAUCCAGAGGAAUGCCUAUUCCAUCUUCUUCGAUGAGAAGUUCUCUGUCCCCCUGGAUCCCACAGCCCUGGAGGAGAAGAGCCUUCGGUUUUCUGUGUUCGGCAUCGAUGAGGAUGAGCGGAACGUGAGCACCGGUGUGGUGGAGCUGAAACUGUCUGUUCUGGAUCUCCAGCUGCAGCCCUUCAGCGGCUGGCUAUACUUACAGGACCAGAAUAAGGCUGCUGAUGCUGUGGGAGAGAUCCUGCUGUCCCUCAGUUACCUGCCCACGGCUGAGCGUCUGACUGUGGUUGUGGUGAAAGCCAAGAAUCUUAUCUGGACCAAUGACAAGACCACAGCAGACCCCUUCGUCAAAGUGUACCUGCUGCAGGACGGGAGGAAGAUGAGCAAGAAGAAGACAGCUGUGAAGAGGGAUGAUCCUAACCCGGUGUUCAACGAAGCCAUGAUCUUCUCGGUACCAGCCAUUGUGCUACAGGACCUGUCUCUCCGAGUGACAGUGGCUGAGAGCAGCAGUGAUGGCCGUGGGGACAACGUGGGGCAUGUCAUCAUUGGGCCAGCAGCCAGUGGCAUGGGCACCACACACUGGAACCAGAUGCUGGCCACGCUGCGCAGGCCUGUGUCCAUGUGGCACCCAGUCCGGCGAAACUAGCAGCCAGGGCAGGCCAGAUGGGCAGCAGAGCCACCAGAGCCUGGCACCAUCUCAGUUCUAUCCAGUGAUGCCCUCUCCACAGUCAGCUGGAGUAUGAACACCAGGGCUGCCCCACCUCCCACGGGGUCCUCAUCAGCCAUCUUGGAUCCUCUGUUCAGACUGUCAUGGAAGAAUGGGUGUGACUAUUCACCUGGGGACCUCGGGUAAUUUCCCCACUAAGGACUGCCUGGAGCUGGCUGGGGACCCAGCAGACUGACCAACUCUGUACCAGAGAGCCUAACGAAGUAUGUCCCUUAGUCUACAGAGGUACAUGGGCUUCAGAGCUGGCCGACCACCCUUCUGCAAUUCUCUUAGAGGCCAGCUGUUAAUAAGUCUUGAGGGGCUAGUCCCUGUACUGACAGGGCUAACAUUAACAAGACAUAGCACCCAGGGUACCAUGCCAGGAAGUCAAGAUGGCCCUCUCCCAUCCUGGUUGUUCAGCUCAGUGCUGAUCAAGUAACCACCCAGCCAGAUGGACUUGGGAAAGAGCCUGGAGUCUGGGGAAACAGGGAGGCUCUCUCAGACAAGGAAGUAGCUGCACUUGAGGGUUAGGGAAUCAACAGCGUCCAGAUUUAUCCGGGAGGGUAGUGGGGGUUGUGGUAAACAGUCGGACAAUAGAAGGGACCUGAACUAGCCCAUCCCAAACACAGCCUCUGCCCACUGCAGUGGGGACAAGAAAAGGCGAGAAGACCAGGAUCAGCAGAAGCCUGAGGGCCACAUGAAGGCUCCCCUGACCCUCCACUGAGAGAACCAGAAGUCCCCAAGGGCCCAGAGCCAGGCCCUUGUGCUGAAUCCAAUGCAAAUCAGCACGGACCCACCAGUGUUGGCGGAUGUCCCUCCAGGCCAGGCCUCUCUUGAAGGGAAGCUCUCUGGCAGGCCUAAAUUCAACCCUAGGAAUACUGGGCAUCUUAGGUCAAGUUCCCUAACACUGAGACUUCAGGGAUAUUUAGCCUUAGUCUGGAGCCAGUAGAAACUCUGGGGAAAUUGUGUUCAGAAACCAAGGGUCGGGUUGUACUUCACCGCCAGAAUCAUUC